AUCCACCAGCCGUCAAAAACAGCUGAUGCCAAUAACAAGUUCAUUAAAUUUGCGCGGAAGAUUUAUUAAUUCUUGGUUCUUAUAAUGGAUGAUGAAUUUAUAGCAAUUAUUUCGGCUGUGGUUCAACAUCAAAAUAUUUUCUUGCACCAACUAAUAAUGUUGCUGUCAAUGAAUAAUGAUGAUGACGAUUAUGACUUUAACAUUGACGAGGAUGAGAUGACCCAGAUGACUGCCAUAAAAACACAAAAGCCAGGAAGAUUAUGGUCGUUUAAGCGGUUCGGGACAUUUUGGGAGAAAGAUGUACCAGAAAACAACGAGGCGUUUUUCAAAGAGAGUUUCCGAAUGGAGAGGCCCUGCUUUGAUAUUUUAGUGAAUCGGCUUGAAGUGCUGCGAAAGAAGGACACCAACUGCCGAGCUGCAAUUCCUUUGGAAAAGCGCAUCGCCUUUGCUCUAUACACUUUGGGCUCGUCCUCUGAGUACCGAACAGUUGGCAGGCUUUUCGGUGUAGCUCCAAACAGUGUGUGUAAUAUCCUGCACGAGUUUUGCAGAGCACUUAUCGACGAGUUUUCGAAGGAGUACAUGUCGCCCAAUUACCUAACUUCCGACAAAAUUGAUGAGUGCGUAAAGGGAUUCGAGGCAAUUGGGUUUCCUCAGUGCCUAGGUGCAAUUGAUGGAUGCCACAUCGAAAUAAAACCACCAGCACCUGAGGCAGUAGACCACCAUAAUUAUAAGGGCUGGUAUUCCACAGUCUUGUUUGCCCUAGUGGAUUAUAGAUACAGAUUUACAUACAUAUGUAAAUAUCGGCUCUGCAGGAAGGUGCAAUGACUCGAUGAUAUACCAGAAGUCAAGCCUUGCAAAACAUAUCGAAGCAUCGGCAUUACUCCAAGAGAAAGCCAAGGAAAUGCUUAUCGGGGACUCGGCAUUUAGGUUUUCUAAAAAGCUGAUGAAACCUUACCAGUUUUCCACAGUCGCCUCUUUGGAACAGCGCACGUUUAACUACAACCUUUCCAAAGCUAGGCGAGUGGUGGAAAAUGCAUUUGGGCAUUUAAAAGCCAGAUUUCGAAUAAUCGGAAAAGGUCUUGAUAGCCACCACAAAAAUAAUAGCGCCAUAAUAAUGAGCUGUUGUAUUUUACACAAUAUAUUAAAUAUGCACAACA